GGCUCUCUCACGGAGGGGCUGGGGUUGAGCUCUAAGGUUAGGGCUUUUUUCAUCAAAAACACGCUGGCCAAAUACAGGAACAGAUUUGCUAAUGAGACUCGAAAACAUUUUGUCGUCGCCACACAUGUCAAAGUAAUGCAUCCCUGGCUCACCCAGAACGGAGAGCUAGUCUCUUUUUCAACCUGAAUGCAUUGAAGGCGGUUUCGCCCCCUCACUAGCUAUCGCUCGUAGCCUCUCUCUUUCUUUCGGUAUUUCUCUUCGCGGUAGCGAUUCCUCUCGCUGCCGCCGCCUUUGUGUCUUUUUUCAUAUAACGCAAAGCUCGUUCCGGAUUUGGGUCGAAGGAAAGGCGUAAAAAUGGGUGCUUUUUUGGACAAGCCAAAGAUGGAGAAGCAUAACUCCCACGGCGAGGGCAACGGCCUGCGCUACGGCCUGAGCAGCAUGCAGGGCUGGCGGGUGGAGAUGGAGGACGCCCACACGGCCGUGGUGGGCCUCCCGCACGGACUGGACCCCUGGUCCUUCUUCGCCGUGUAUGACGGGCACGCCGGCUCUCAGGUGGCGCGCUACUGCUGUGAGCACCUGCUGGAGCACAUCACCAGCAACCCCGACUUCCGGGGCGGCGCCACUGAGCCGUCGGUGGAGAGCGUCAAGACGGGCAUCCGGACGGGCUUCCUGCAGAUCGACGAGCACAUGCGCGCCAUCUCGGAGAAGAAGCACGGCGCAGACCGCAGCGGGUCCACGGCCGUGGGCGUGAUGGUGUCGCCCAAGCACACCUACUUCAUCAACUGCGGGGACUCGAGGGGCCUGUUGAGCCGCAAGGGCAAGGUGCACUUUUUCACGCAGGACCACAAGCCCAGCAACCCCCUGGAGAAGGAGCGCAUCCAGAACGCCGGCGGCUCGGUGAUGAUACAGCGCGUCAACGGCUCGCUGGCCGUGUCCCGCGCCCUGGGCGACUUCGACUACAAGUGCGUGCACGGCAAGGGCCCCACGGAGCAGCUGGUCUCGCCAGAGCCCGAGGUGUACGAGAUCGAGCGGUCGGAGGCCGACGACGAGUUUGUGGUGCUGGCCUGCGACGGCAUCUGGGAUGUCAUGGCCAAUGAGGAACUCUGUGACUUUGUCAGGUCCCGGCUAGAGGUGACUGAGGACCUGGAGAAAGUCUGCAACGAGAUUGUCGACACCUGUUUGUAUAAGGGAAGCCGAGACAACAUGAGCGUGGUGCUGGUGUGCUUUCCCGGCGCGCCCAAGAUUUGUCCGGAAGCUGUGAAGAGAGAGGCGGAGCUGGAUAAGUACCUGGAGAACAGAGUAGAAGAGAUCAUUAAGAAGCAGGGGGAUGAAGGUGCGCCAGACUUAGUCCACGUGAUGCGUACGUUAGCCACGGAGAGCAUCCCAAACCUGCCACCAGGGGGCGAACUGGCCAGCAAACGGAGUGUGGUGGAAGCUGUAUAUAAUAGACUCAACCCUUACCGGAGCGAGGAUACGGACUCCGCCUCCACCGAUGACAUGUGGUAACGCUGCCCCACGCUUUGCCACCGCGUUUUACACACAAGCCACCUACACCCACCCCCCUCCCCACGAGACCACCCGCCGCGCUCGCCCGCCAGCUUCCCCUCGCCCCUCCUCGCUCCUCCCGGCUCUCGUUGUAAAAAGAAGGGAAUGGGCGGUCGGGGGCGGGCGGGGUUUCGGAGGAGACACCCGCUACAGAGCGACGGUCUGCCCAGGAAGGCGGGAGCACUCCCGUCCCCGGAUUUAUCUCUCUCUCUCUCCCCCUCCCCCCCUGUUUUCUCACCCCCCCCCCCCCGACCCAGGUAAACUGCAACCACCACCAAGUCAAGUCAUUAGAAUUUUUUGUUGUUUUUCUUAUUUUUUUGUUUGUUUUUUUAGUCGAUUGAAAUGAUUCUUUGCUGUAAUUAAUCGGACUCAAGUUUUUGUGUAUGUGCGAGUAUGAUGUGUGUGAGUGUGUGUGUGUGUACACCCUUGUGUGUUUGUAUUUCUCUUUUUGUGAAGUGCAAUUGUGCUUGCACGCAAAGAAACGCCUGUAUUUAAUGCGGCUUGAGUUGGUUUCAGUAAAAACAAAACAAAAAAAACAACAAAAAAAAACAAAAGAUGACCGGUAUGCACUAUCUGCCUUUUUCUUCUGGUCUGGACUGCAGCAAAUAUCUGGUCUGUGUGGUGAAUACCGGCCUUCUCACCUCCUGGGGCCCAUUUCCCUCCUCUCUUUUAGUUUGUGCACUUUAAAGAAACGGGUAAAUUCUAAGUUCACGGCAAAGUAAGAGUGUAAGUCAGACAAAAUCAUGGCUUGUGACUGCAGGUUAUUAACAGUCUUUUAACAGUCUGUUUGUUUGAGCUUGCUUGUCUUGUCUGACUAGGGUUUCUUUUGUUGUCGGCGUUUCUUUCCCUGCAAAUUGACGCAAGCACGUUUGCGUCACCGACUGCGUUUUUUAUUUUCAUCCCUGGAAAUUGGGAAGUGCUUUUAGUUCUUUUCUUUUUUUAGUUUCUUUGUCAUUGUUAUUAUUUUUGACAACAGGGAAACCCUGCGUGUUUGUUGCCAGGCACGUUAGCGUAAAAGAAGGACGGCCUGUGCGACUGCACGCAGAUCCGCUGUGGCUAGGCUGGUGUCUGACAUGGCUAGGAGCUCAGAUCUGCCGUGGCUGGGUUUGGGGACACACACACACACGCACCGACCACCUCCUUCACUGGGACAAUGUUAACUUCCAUUCUGCCUCCAUUGCAUGUCUGUUCAUUCAGGUGUAAAUACAAGUACAUAACAGUAGCUAU